AUGGGGGUCAGGCCCGGACCUGCGCUGCCUCAAGAUGUAAAGUGUGACAAGGGGGUCGGGGGUUACUGUGGCAACCACCAGAACAGCCUUGGCGCUGUGUAGGAGCUCAGAGCUACUCCUCAGCCCUGGCUGGGGCUGCUCAUGGAGAAGCUACACAGGAUUGUGGCAGCACUGCUGGAAUGUAUGAUAUCCAGUUCUAAUGGUUUUCCAUGGGAAUUAGUGAUAUGGGCGGGUGUUAUUGGAUUUUGUGCUAUUCCCCUUUUUUUGAGGAGAAGUUUUAGAUCAGUUAGGAGUCAGCUAUAUGUGGGAAGAGAGAAAAAGCUUGCUGUAGAGCUUUGUGAACGAAUUCAGGAAAAAUGUAAACUGCUUGAGAAAAUUAGUUUUGUACAAAAAAGCUAUGAAGGCUACGAAAGAGAGUCAUAUUUAAAGGAUGUCAGCGUUGACAAGGGGGCAGCAGAAGUACAACGUUUGGAGGCAGCCUGUGAAAAGCUGAGCAGGUCCAUUUCUGAAAUGGAGGAGGAAAUAGUGUAUCUAAAAAAAGAGUUAAAAGAAGAGAAAUACGAACAUUCUAGACAACAUCAGUUGAUGGUGGAUAUUUCAGAAAUGAGACAGUCUCUAGAAGAUCUGUCAAAAUCCCUCAAAUCACAAAUAGCUGAAGCCAAAAUGUCCUUAAAGAUGUUUCAAAUGAAUGCAGAACAACUGAAGAUGAUGAUAAAAGAUGCUUUGGAUGAAAAUUCUCAACUUCAGGAAAGUCAGAAACAUCUUUUGCAAGAAGCUGAAGUAUGGAAAGAACAAGUGAGUGAACGGACUAAACAGAAAAUAAUAUUUGAAGACUCCAAAGUACACACAGAACAAGUUCUAAAUGACAAAGAUGAGCACAGCGAGACUCUGACUAAACACUUGCUGAAGAAGAAAGAUUGGGCUGCUAUGCUUGGAGAAGACAAUAUGGAUGAUCACAACUUCAAAGUAGAAAUGAACAGUGAAUCAGAAAAUGGCGCUGACUUAAUUGAGCCUCCAAAAGGAGCUUUGAAGAAACUGAUUCAUGCUGCAAAGUUAAAUGCUUCUUUAAAAAUUUUAGGAGAAAGAAACCAAAUUGAUAAUCAGUUGUCCAAAAUUGAAAAAAAAAAAAAAAAGGAGCUUAUGGGGCAUAUUAAACAUCUUCAGUCUGCACAAGCAUCUUUGCAGUCAGAAAACAUACAUUUUGAAUGUGAGAAUCAGGAACUUCAACAGAAACUUGAAGUAAUGACUGAACUACAUCAAGAAACUACAAUGAGACUUGACAAAACAUUAACUGUAGAGGAAAAUUACCAGGUAGAGAGACAAGAGAAACUUUCUAAACAAGACAAAAAGAUCAACUAUACCAGUGACCAGCUGGAGAAGUACAGAAAGCAAGCCAAACAUCUUGAACAAGGGUUGGAAAGAAGGAUUCUUUCUUAUCAAGAGCAGAUAUUACUCAGUAAAAAGAAAGCACAUGACAAUUGGUUGGCAACUCGGAUGGCUGAAAUCAAUCUCAAUGGCUUAAGGAAAGAAAAUGCUAAGUACAGACACAAAUUAACUGACACAGAGAUUAAAGUCAAAAUUUUAUACAAAGAUCCUUUGGUAGUUGAUGUUCCAAACACAGGAUUUGGCAGAGAGCAUUACACAUACAUAACCGAUAUGAGAAGAGGAACUCCUUUCCCCCCACCUCCUCCAGGAACCCUGUUUGGAGUUUCUCCACAUGAUAUUCCACCAGGCAAUUUCCCAGGUCCACCACAUGCUCAUUUGCAGUGA